CGAAAAUGAAGUUGAGAACAAUGAUGAAUUGAUGAAUAGUUUGAAAAGCGAAAAUGAAGUUGAGAACAAUGAUGAAUUAGGAAAUAGUUUGAAAAGCGAAAAUGAAUUUGAGAAUAAUGUUGAAUUAGAGAAUAGUUUAUGGAGUGGAAAUGAAUUUGAGGACAAUGAUGAAUGGGAAAAUAAAAAUAGUUUAGAGAGUUGUGAUGAGUAUAUGAGCAGGCUUGAGUAUGAAGAUUCUAAUAAUGAGUCAGAGAGUGAUAGUAAUAAUUCAACUAUAAUAGAUACAAGUAAUACAGAUAUUGAAGAAAAUAUAUCCUUUAUAUCUCCUGAACUUGCUACUAUGAUUCGACUUCUGAAAAUUAAAGUGCAAAAUAAUCUUACUAAUGAAGCCUUUUUUGAAAUCAUGAAGACUUAUGACGCUGCAUUAUUAGCAUCAAUUGAUGGGUUUCAAAUUUUUAAACAGAAGACAGAUGACUGCUGGAUUCUGCUAUUUAUAAAUGCAAAUUUAUCUCCUGAAAUACGUGUAAAAAAAGAAAAUUUUUUGAUCUCCACAAUUAUACCGGUUCCAAAAAAACCGAAAGAUCUAAAUUCUUUUUUAUUUCUCACCGUUGCUGAACUUCAAAGAUUAGACGAAGGAGUAGUGUGUCCUAGUGUUCAACAUGAAGAUAUAUUCAUAUUAUGUGGUUGUGUACUAUCUUGUUCUGGUGACAUACCUGCGUCUACAAAAUUAAUGUGCCUUACGGGACAUAAUUCAUAUAGAGGAUGCCAUUAUUGCAAUAUUAAAGGCAUUUAUUCUUCGCAUAUAUAUUAUCCUACCAAACCACCCAGUGAUCAGAAUAGUGAAACUUAUGAUCCUGAAAAUCUACCAAUUAGAACUCAUUAUGAAUUCAAAAGACAAAUAAAAAAAAUUCAAAAAGUA